AUGUUCCGCGCCGCCGCCCGCACUGCCUUCCGCCAGCCCCGCCAGGCCGUCUCCCGGUCUGCCCGGCGCUCGUACACCACCGCGAACCCUACCGGCCCCACCCCGCAGAAGAGCGACCUCCCCUGGGUCAUUGGCUCGGCGCUCGUCUUCAUCCCCGCCAUCGUCUCGCUCACCUCCCCGCCCGAGAUCCUCAAGCACUCGUCCUCGCACGAGACCAAGCACGAGAACGUCCCCUCUGCGACCAAGGCGACCAAGGCCGAGAACCCGCGCGACGUAGAGCCGUCGUCGUCGCACGCCGAGGCGGCCGAGGAGAGGAAGCAGGAGGAGGAGAGCGAGCCGGAGGACGCGGAGAAGCACGCCCCGGCCCAGGAGGACAAGGACGAGUCGAACGUCGAGAAGGGCCAGGAGAAGGACGUCAAGGAGCCCCCCAAGCCCACGGAGGAGUCGCUCUCGCACGAGGAGAAGAAGGAGGCUACGCCCGAGGCAAAGGAGGCCGCCAAGCUUGACCAGCCGAAGAAGCAAGAGAAGCUGCAAAAUGCUAUCGCAGAGAGCAAGGAGGAGGAGGAGACGUCGAAGUCGGAGUAG